UUUAUACUUCUAGGAACCCAUUUCGUUCUAAACCCGAUCCUUCCUCCACUCACAACACACAGCAUGCCUCGCCAUUACGAUCUCUGCGCCCGUGUGCAGAACGGAUUUCGUGCUCGUCUCCGCAGGAUUGCCGUCCCUGACACAAAGAUGAACCUCGCCAUUGCCAACGUUCUUUACAAGGAGGGUUUUAUUGCGGGCGUCAGCCGUGGCGACUAUGUCCAGCCCGAUACGACCUAUGUCCCCACCACUCCCGAUAACAUUGCCACGCGCCGACUCUGGCUAGAGCUCAAGUACAACAAUGACGAACCCGUCCUGAAGAAGAUGUCUUCCGUCAGCAAGCCCUCGAAAAAGAUCGUCAUGAAGGUUCAGGAACUCCAGAACUUGGCAGCCGGAAACCGCUCACAGUUCAUCAAGGGUCUUCAGCCAGGAGAGAUCGCCAUUUUGACAACCAAUUAUGGAGUUCUCGAGCUCAGGGAGGCACUGGAGAAGGGCGCCGGAGGCGAGAUUCUGUGCCGGGCUAUUUAAAGAAGCAUCAUAUAUUAUGCGGGCUUGGAUCAAGCACUACCAGCAUUCGCCCGUUGCAUGGUAUAUCGAUUGAGCCGUCUAUCAAAAAAACGCUAUCGAUUCGCCUACACGACAAUAACAAAAAAAGGAGCCGUUUGAACACUGUACAAUACAAAAAUAAAUAUCUUAACGCAUGCCAGUCAC